AUCGUUCCUCUAACGGGCGAUCGUGGCCGUCGUAUGGCCCGCCAAUCAGCACUGGCAAAUGCCGUCAUUUUGUCAGGCACACCCCUGGCCCGUUCCAAAUUUGAUACUGUCAGAGGAGCGCAAAGAUCUGGUUAGGAUGUGUCGAUUUUUUAAUUACGAUUUUGCUCGGGCUUCGUAUUCUCUCGGGCUUUCGGCCUUGAGUUGCGAGGUAUAAAAGCGAUGAUGACGCCGCCUAUACUUGCUUUUCAUCUUUCAAAGACUUCGAACUACAACGAACAAAGAAUUACUUUCGAGUAUUGAACACAAACUACAAAGCUGAUCAUCACCCACACCAGCUUGUUCAUGAUGAAUUCACUAUCAACACUAUCGACGACUGGACCCUUGCGGAUUGCUGCCAGGCCACAGACUUAUCUCUUCCUGGCCGUUCGCACCUACUCCGGGGUCGCAGCCACAACGAUCAGCUCUUCAAGUCUCUCCAGACAACGCUCUUCAAGAACUACCUACACAUCGAAACGUCUGAUCUCCUCAACACCUCACCCUCAGAUCAAAGAAUACUUCCCUCCUCCUGCAAACCCCGCCGUGAAAGAGGUGACUACGGCAUGGUCGCAUCCGAUCUAUACCGAGGCGCAGAUGAAUAACGUGAAAAUCGCGCAUCGCGAGGCCACCAACUGGUCCGAUUGGGUUGCACUGGGCACAGUUCGCUUCUUCCGAUGGGGUAUGGACUUGGCGACGGGAUACAAACACCCACAGCCGGGCCAGGAAGCAUCGGAGAAGUUUAAGAUGACGGAGCACAAGUGGUUGACCCGUUUCAUCUUCCUGGAGAGUGUCGCGGGUGUACCUGGGAUGGUUGGUGGUAUGCUGAGACAUCUGCGGAGUUUACGACGCAUGAAGCGUGAUAAUGGAUGGAUCGAGACUCUCCUGGAAGAAGCAUUCAACGAGCGAAUGCAUCUCCUCACCUUCCUCAAACUGGCCGAGCCCGGCUGGUUCAUGCGCUUAAUGGUGCUCGGCGCCCAGGGUGUCUUCUUUAAUGGCUUCUUCCUGUCGUAUCUCAUCUCUCCACGAAUCUGCCACCGCUUCGUGGGUUACCUGGAAGAAGAGGCAGUGUUGACAUACACACGGGCCAUUCAGGAACUCGAAGACGGCCAUUUACCAGAGUGGAAGGAACUCCAGGCACCCGAGAUUGCAGUGCACUACUGGCAGAUGCCCGAGAAUCAGCGCACGAUGCGAGACUUGCUGCUCUAUAUCCGUGCCGACGAAGCCAAGCACCGCGAGGUUAAUCAUACGCUGUCAAAUCUGGACCAGGCGGCUGACCCCAAUCCCUAUCAGACGGAGUAUCAGGAUCCGAGAAAGGACCAUCCCACUCGGGGCAUUGAUAACCUGAAGGCGACGGGAUGGGAGCGAAAAGACAUCUUUUAGAUGAGAAAAAGCGAUCGGGUUAAUAAUCUUUUGUUUAGGCUUUGGAGUUAGCGGGAAUUUGGUCAUCUCUUCUCUCUGUUUAUAGAAUAAUCAUGACUUCAUGACAUAUGCAGUCGAAUUCACAAUUGAAGCAUCGAAGCAUCGAAUCAUCCACCGUGUUUCUUCGGUUGGAACGCGGGACGCGGGGCUCCGCUAAACCCAAACGGGUAAUGCAGCAACAUGUUCGGGUUUUUGUAGUUUGUACUCCGUAGAACUUAUUCAUGUCAUACAUCCAAGGAGAUGUGCUUCGUAUCUCAGCAUAGUUGAUAGUUGGAGUAUAUUGGAUGCUUAUAAUCAAGAAUCGUCCGGAUAGGGGCUGUAGGCAUGAG